UCUGGAGUACAUCUGCCUCAUAGAAAUGUUUGUAAAACUGGAGCUAAGUCUUCUUAAUAAUAGAAAUAAUAAUCAUAACAGAAAUAAUCUGCACAGGAAGAGGAGGUUCUCAACUACGUGCACUAUACUGCAUUUAGCUUUGAUUCAGCCUGACGCUCAGACAGUCAGCAGCAAGACAACAUGGCUAAAGCUCUCUGCAUCAGACUGUUGAUGACUGUUUUGAUGCUGCUGGUUGUUCAGCUAAGUUAUCCUCAGACAUCUGUGUCAGAUGCAGCUGUUCGUAUCGUUCCAACCAGACUGCAGCUCUUUGAAUACAAUUCUGUCCAUUUUACCUGUGAGGGGUUUAAUGUCUCAGCUGGAUGGAAAGUGAGGAACAUCAAGGAAUUCAUUCCAGAAUGUUCAAAGUGCACAGUGACAACAACCGUGACCUACGCAAUUGACUACGCCUUGGCAUCAGACAGUGGAGAAUACUGGUGUGAAGGUGGAGGAGGAGAGAGAAGCAACACUGUCAGCAUCACUGUCACUGCUGGUUCUGUGAUCCUGGAGAGUCCUGCUCUUCCUGUGAUGGAGGGAGAUGCUGUGACUCUGAACUGCAGAGAGAGGGAGACUUCCCCCAACCUCACAGCUGAUUUCUAUAAAGAUGGCCUCCUCAUUGGGACCAGUUCCACAGGACACAUGACCAUCCACAGUGUUUCCAAGUCUGAUGAAGGCCUCUACAAGUGCAGAAUCUCUGGAGCUGGAGAAUCACCAGGGAGCCGGCUGUCCGUCAGAGCAUCUGACAAAGAAAUUAAUUUUUCCCGCCAUUACUACUUCCGGCUGUGGAUCCGCGUCACUGUCAUAUUGGUUCUGCAGCUGCUGGUGAUGGGACUACUUUACUGGAAGAAACAGCUACAGUUACACACAGUCUUACUACAGGCAAAGGUGAAUGAGCCCAACAAGGACAUGUACGCUGUCGUCAAAAAAGGCAAGAAAAAGAAAGACGCUGCAGACGCUGCUGAUAAUUUGAGCCUCUGUCUCGACACAAACCACAGCCCAACACCACAGACAGAAAAAGGAUCAGGGGUAUCCAGCUUCACAGUGACAUCAGCUCCCUCUGCAGCUACAGACCCAACUUUAACAGAUCAGUAUCACCAAUAUGCCUCCACCCAGGAGGUAGCAGAGUAGAGCGUAACACUGGCCUUUUAUACAACUUUAAUAAACAUUUGACUAAAUAUUUUUUAUGAGAUCUUUGUAUUAUAAACACAUAAGGGCAGGAAAGGAAGAGAAGGUAACCUGAUACUCAGUGUGGUAUUAAAACUACUGUCUGUAAAACAUGUUUUUUUCACUUUCCCCAAGUGGUCGGUUUUACUAAAUUUACUGAACACAGUUGUACAUGUGAGCAGCUGUAUGUAGCAUUGCACUAUUCUGCAUUGUCAAGUGUACAGGGUGUAACAUAUGUUUAGUAGAGUAUUAUACCGGGUAGUCAUUCAGUUUAACAGGAGUACAGUAUGUUUUGGUUUUAAAUUCUAUCUGAAUCAAAGCGCAAGUUUUUUUGUUUGUCUUUGUUUUGUUUUUGCAUUACAAAGUGCAUAACCUGUCACUUGGAAAUAAUGUUUGCAUUUGGUCUGUUACCUUUCUUUAUGUUCUGUUAUGUUAAUAGUUGAGGUAUGUUUUCUAUUACUUAAGUACAUUUCUAACAUAAUAAUUCACAUGGAAUAAAAAAACUACUCCGUUGUAAUACACUUUACUUGUUUGGUGAGUUUUCUCUCUUCCUGUGGCUUUCCAUGAACAGUUUGAUAGCAGAAUAUCUUACA